AUCUCGCUGUUUGACCCUUUUGGCCCCGCCCUCCUCCUCCUGAAGCGAAAACAAUGGCGGCUGAGGGAGAUUUCCUGACGCGCUAUCGGGCAGUGUCUAACAAGCUCAAAAAACGUUUUCUUCGAAAGCCCAACGUUGCUGAAGCAAGUGAACAGUUUGGUCAGUUAGCUAAAGAGCUGAAACAGCAGGACUGUCUUCAGUAUGCAGCCUUCUGUAACCUGGCUAUGGCUCGGUGUGAGCAGACUCUGUUUAAUGCCCCUGGUGAGGCUCUGGCCCUGACUGAUGCUGCUCGACUCUUUCUAGCCUCAGAGAAGGAGAACCGAGCGCUGCAGGCUCCGGGUUUUGACGAGCACAUGCAGGCUGCACUAAACUCCUACAGCUUUGCUAUAAAGGUCUAUAUUGAGAUGAAUCAGCCAGUGAUGGCAGCCAGUCUCUCCCUGGAACUUGGCAAUGCUCUGAAGGAGAUGAAUAGGCCUGGUGAAGCUGUAGUCCACUUUCAGAGAGCUGCUGAACUCCAGACUCAGACCCCUAUUGAGUCUCUGUUGUCUCUAUGGGAGAUGGCCUCCUGCAAAAUACUGACCCGUGAUUAUGAUGGUGCGCUGGCUGUGCUUUCGGAAAUGCAGAGUAUGUGUCAGGAGAGAGGGUUGCAGCUUCCUGGUGCAAACACCCCUGUUGGUGCUUUUAUGGAUAUAGUGGCAAAGUGUGAGAUCUCAAGAGUACUCCUUCUAAUGUUGCUUGAGCCUCCCCCACAGAAACUACUACCGGAACAUGCACAAACACUAGAGAGAUACGCUUGGGAAUCAUUCGACUCGCACAGUCAAGUAAACUUCCUCCCUGAAGACGUCUUCCUGCUGCUGCAGUCUGUGGUGAUGGCGUGUCAAGAAAAAGAUACAGAAUCUCUCAAGGCACUCCAGACAGAACUGUGGCCUAUUCUCACUGCAGAGCAGAACCACCUCCUCCACCUCGUCGUUCAGGAGAGAAUCACCCCCUCAGGUCAGGGAGUUUAGUUCAGUCCAGUCCAGUCGUGCACAUCCACCCCCCUCCCUGUACAGUCUCAUUCUGUGAAACAUUCCUUCCCCGGUGCCUGGUGCAUUAUGCAGGGAGUCCUACAGAAGGUCGGGCAGUGAUGGAGCUGUAAAUGCAGACACUUAAGCAUCGGCUGACGUCAACAAAAAAUACUUACAGCGACCUACACUAGUCUACAAAAUGGCUGCCUGCCAUGAGCCUGAAUCUCACUUUGUCCUCCAUCUUGAGCUCAUAUGUAUUAUUCAUUUUGGAUGGUGAUGUUCUGAAUGAUGAAUGAUUUAAGAAAGCAUUUUAAUAUUUAUUUGUAAAUGUUGAGACAUGAGACAUGUUGAUGAUAAUUAUUGCUGUAAAUAAACUAAAGCAGUAAUGUUGGUCAUA